AUGGAAAACCUCAUCUUUCUACAAUCAUUACUUGCAAUCACAAUCCUAUGCUUCAACUAUGGCGCCUGCGAGAUCAAGAAAACAAACAUCGUCGACGAUUCCAGGCCCAUCAUCCUCUUCGAGCGCUUCGGCUUCGCCCUCAACGGCCACGUCACGGUACUCCAAGCCUUUGGUUGGAUGGUUCCAGCUGUUCUCGUAUCAAUGCUUUUAGGAACAGGGACAAAUACAAUUAUCAUGGCAUUGGCGCUACCCUUAGCCCAAUCUGCUAUUUCAUUAAUAAUGGAUGCAUUUUCAGGAACAUCCUAUGACCGUGCAAGACCAAAGUCCAGGACAAGGAAGAGGCCAUAUGCCAGAGCCAAAACGAAUGCUAGAACGAGAGAGGGAGAACAAAAUACCCAGAACGGGAAGGGAGCUAGGGGAUAUGGAUCAAAUGAAAAGGAGGCGAAAACAACGCAAAGUUUUGGUGGAUGGGAUGAACUAGACAACCCAGGGACUACAUCUGCAAACAAAACGCCUAAAACAACACCAGCUCAGGAUCCAAAUAAAACCAGACUGCGGAGUGAAGGCAAAUUGAGCCGGAGAAUAAGCAAGAAAGAAACACCAUUAUUGUUGAGGCUACUCAUCGCGGUCUUCCCAUUCUUGGGAUCCUGGACAAAGGUAUUGUAAUUCUACUGCAUUGUUCUUAUCUGCAACUGUAUUGUAACUCUCACUAUGCUUCACAAAGUUCACAUAGCGUGUAAAGUUCUGGCCAAAUUUAAAUCUGAGUAACAGUAUAAAGAUUAAAUGUCAA